AUGUCUUCAGUUGAAGAACAACCAGCAAAAAAGAUUCGUUUAAAUUCAGGAGGGUCGAUCCCAUCAAAUGAUGUAAUAAAUAAUAAAGUCAGUUCAGAAGGAAAGAUGACUCGUGAAGGGGAUGUUGGAAUUACUGAGUUUGUUGAUCCAACAAUUCCUGGAUUUUCUGGUGAUAUCAAACAAAGAUUCUCCGAUUUUUUGGUUUAUGAAAUUGAUAAUGCCGGGAAUAUCGUUCAUCUUACAGAUUUCAAUCUUCCAGAAAUAAAAUCUACAAAUAUUAUCAAUUCUCGAGCCAUUGAGACACAAAAAGAAGAACCUGUUAAAAAAGAAUUAUCAGAUGAACAAAUAUUUCAGGAAAUGAGAACUUUGCUUGAUGAAGAAACUUCAUUACAAGUUCAAAAUUUACUAAAUGGUAAAAAUAAUUUCGUCGAUACAACGGUUGAAAAAGAUAAAGAAAAAAGGACAGCUAUUCAUCGAUUCUUUAAGAAUUAUUUUGGCGAUAAAUUGAACACAGAGACAAAAGAUGGUACAAUAAGGAUCAGUAUGCACACUAACGAGACAAGGAAAGACAAAAGAAAUAAGCAGCAAAAAAAUGACGCUUGGGAUGCAUUGGGUGGAAGUUUUUGUCAGUUUACUUUAUAUAAAGAAAAUAUGGAUACUAUGGACGCCGUUAACUCUUUGAAAAAGCUCUUAAAGUUUCAUUCAAAAACAUUUUCUUAUGCUGGUACGAAAGAUCGUCGCGCCAUAAGCGUACAAAAGAUAACCGCAAAUAGGAUAAAGGCUGAAAGAUUGCUUGGAAUCAAUCGAAAGUCAAGAGGAAUGAAAUUAGGAAAUUUUGAAUACGUUAAGGAUCCAUUGAGACUUGGCGAAUUGGGAGGGAAUCAUUUUGUUAUUACAUUAAAAAAUAUUCAAGCAGGAAACGAAGGAAUAAUUACAAAAGCCAUGGAUUCUAUGCAAUCACGUGGAUUUAUUAAUUAUUUUGGCAUGCAAAGAUUUGGUAGAUUAAGAGGGUUGUUAAAUACCUUAUUGGAGUUUUACACACCUAUGAUGAAUGAAGAAGAUAAUGAUGAACUCAAAAUCCAAAACUUACCAAAUCGUUCGACUUUUGAAAGAUUAAAAUUGUUAGAAAAUGAUCUUUAUAAUUUGACAGCUGAAAAAGUUUUUACGAAAGAUUAUCUUCAAACUAUUUUAACUUCUCAAAAUGAUAAAUGUAGUUGUCUGUCAGAAACAACAAACACCGUAAACGAUAAUUGCUGUAGUAGGAAUAUUUCAUGUGAAAGUAAGGAGAUCUAUAAUCUUGGAAAUAACAUUAAAUCAAAUGAGAACUUCACCGAAAGGUUGCUGAUUGAUUAUAGAGAGAAGGUUGAUAAGUUAUUAGAAGAACUUGGAUUUGAUAAAAAUUCCGUUUAA